CUUUGGCAUCAUUCUAUGCACUGCUCGGCGCUCUACGGAAAGGAGAAUAAUUACAUUGGAUAUUUUGAAAAAGAAUUUUCUGCAUUUGUGGAGUGUGUUUUUAUUAUACCUGUUAACCUCUGUCUGCAUAAUGGUUAACGAGCUCAACAGGCCGCCAAAUGGGGAUAAUGCCGCACUCAGCGAGCGUCUGGCCGCCUCCAAUCGGCAGUUGCAGGAGAUGCAGGAGGAGCAUCGUCAGCUGCUGGAGGAGAUGGAAACGUUAAGAACACGCGCCGCAGAGCUCACCCGGCUGAAUGCCCAGCGCCAGCAGCUAAGGCAGACAGGACGCGGAGAAGAGCAGCAGCCCUGGCUGCAGCCCAGUCCAGCAGAAACUCCAGCUCCAGCAGCAGCUCCAGUCGACCUGGACCCAGUGGCCGCUGGUUCUGCGGAGGCUGUCCAGGAGGAGGAGGAGGAGGAUCAGGGCGAUGAGGAUAAAGAGGAAACUGCUAGUUAUCUCCAGGAAAAGUUGAAUGAGAUUGCCAACCUGAAGGCUCAAUUCAAGCGAGUCCAGCACAUGGUCGAUACCACAAAACUGAUCGAGCAACACGUGUCCACCAGAGAAUCUGUGCAGACCUCAAGUACCUCAAGUCAGAGCAGCAGCAGGCAAACGACAAGCACCUCAAAUGCCAGGGAGGUCCAAGUAGCGGCGGAGACGGAAGAUGCGCCCCAACCUGAUCGAACCGCGGCUGCUCCUGACAACGCUGAGCUGUUGAGCUCCAUGCUGAACAUGUUUACGGAUUUCACUAGCGACCUGCGUGGUCAGGCGGAAAGUCUACGUGCGGAACGCGAUCGCAUUAGGACGCUUAAAGAGGAGAUUAUUCAGCGUAAACAGGGAAAGUAAUCUUUGAAAAUGUUGUUACGAAAAUAGAGCCAAAUUGCAGCAGUCACUAACCGGCACGUGCUUUCUGUAUCCAUUUCGAAAGUGAGUCGAAAUACACAUCCAUAUCUGUUGAACCACAUAGCUAAUAACAGUAAAUAAAUAUGUUGAGAGUAGGAAAA